AUGGUGAAAUUAGAGGCGUUCGCAGUCGAGCAGUGGAUGGACAAGUAUGAGACAACUGCCAAGUACAAUACCGCCGAGACCUGCUGCGCAUCCAUUUCCAUCGACGACCUCCGCGAGCUCUCCGAGGACAAAGAUGCCAAUCCUUUGACCGCGCUUCAGUCCACCAAGCUCACGUACGGAGCUAUUCGGGGCUCUGAUAAGCUGCGGGAGACGUUAAGCAAUCUUUACUCGGCGAAGACUCCCGGUUUAGUUUCAAAGGAUGAUGUCCUGAUCACGGCGGGCGCCAUUCAGGCCAAUUUCUUGUUGCUGUAUACUCUCGUCGGGCCUGGUGACCAUGUUAUCUGCCAUUAUCCGACAUACCAGCAGCUCUACUCGGUUCCUGCAUCUCUGGGGGCUGAAGUCAGCUUGUGGAAGUCUAAGGAGACUAAUGACUGGCAAGUUGAUAUUGAAGAGCUCAAGAGUCUGAUUCGCCCGAACACGAAGUUGAUCAUUAUCAACAACCCGCAAAACCCGACAGGUGCUAUUAUCCCCCGCGAUACGCUUCGGAGUCUCGUUGAUCUUGCCCGCGAGUCCUCGAUUACACUUUUCGCCGACGAGGUGUACCGCCCUCUUUUCCAUAAUAUCAGUCCCAUGGACUCGCAAUUUCCUCCGUCGCUUCUAUCAUUUGGCUACGAACACAGCGUGGUGACUGGUUCAGUCUCCAAAGCAUACAGUCUAGCGGGUCUUCGAGUGGGUUGGAUCGCAUCCUGUAGUAAAGCCAUCAUCGAAGCUUGCGCCAGCUCGCGCGAUUACACCACUAUCUCCGUCGGUCAAAUCGAUGACGCAGUCGCUAGCUUCGCGCUUGCCCCGGAGUGCAUUCAUAACCUCUUGAAGAGAAAUAUUGAGUUGGGGCGGACCAAUCUCGCCAUUUUGGAGAAGUUUAUUGAUUCCCAUCGCUGGGCGUGCGAGUGGAUUAAGCCUCGUGCGGGAACCACGGCAUUCGUCCGCUUCAACAAGAUGGGCAAGCCAGUGAACGACGUCACUUUCUGCGAGAUGCUUCAAGAGAGGAAGGGGGUGAUGUUUGUGCCUGGUAGUCUCUGUUUCGGAGGAGGGGAGGACUUCCAGGGCUAUGUUCGCAUUGGAUAUGCCUGCGAGACCGAGGUGUUGGAGAAGGGUCUCGAGGCACUCAGGGAAUUCAUGGAGGAUGAUUAUGAGGAAGUGCCUGCGUUGAAGAAGGCGAAGGCGCCUCAAUAG